AACAAAGCGUACCAAAAUUGAACGGCUGUUAAAAGUCGUGCGUGAAAUAAAGAAGCCCAUGUUUGUGGAUGCUGCAGAAUGUUGUGAUUUGUGAAAUAUUUAUCUUUGGCGCAUAAACUUCUUCGAUACCGCAGAAAAGGUUCACCCGGAGAGCUGAAUUAAAGAGAUCAAGAUGUCGUUCAGUUUUGGAAAUACGACGCAAAACACGUUCGGAGCAGCGGCAAAACCGACGGGAUUCGGGGCUCCGAUGUUUGGGGCCGCGUCAACGGCCACCACGGCCCCUUCCACGAGCUUCGGCUUUGGUUCGUCAACUUUUGGUGCCGCUGCCCCAACUGCAAAUGCCAGCUUUGGGGCGAACACCACCGCUCCGGCCUUUGGAACUUCUUUCGGAAUGCCUGCGAAGAGCGCAGCGAAUACCACCUUUGGUGGAUUCGGCGGGUCCACCACCUUUGGGGCUCCUGCUUCCACGGCUCCGAAUUUAUUUGGAGCCGCAGCUACGAAUAAACCCACACUGUUUGGGGCCACGUCCACACCUAGUCUCUUUUCGACGCAAACCCCAACAACCCCAUCGUUGUUUGGGGCUGCGACCACGACGACGCAAGCACCCACUUUGUUUGGGGCUUCGACCACUACGACACCUAGUUUAUUUGGUAGUACGGCCACAUCGACGCCGAGCCUCUUUGGAAGCAGCUUUGGGGCGACAGCUACAACGGCUGCAGCACCUAGUUUAUUCGGAAAUACGGCAACCCCUGCCUCCGGAGGAUUCAGUCUCUUCGGUAAUACAGCCACCACGACGUCUGCGCCUCUUUUCGGAAGCUUUGGCACGAAUACAGCCACCAACACUUUUGGAAACACUGGUACCGGCUUCAAUUUUGGCGGUUCGAAUUCUUUGUUUGGAGCCAAACCCGGUGCACAACAACAGCAACCGAAUCAAACUCAACAAUCAGCCACUGACAUGAAAACUCAACAAACAUUGGCUUCGUUCUAUGCGAUCAACGUAUUUGGGGAUGAGCGGGACGACAUCCUGAAGAAGUGGAACAUGCUCCAAGCCUCCUGGGGUACCGGCAAAGGUUUCUACAAUUCUGCCCAGCAGCCCGUCGAAUACGACAACUGCAAUCUGUUCUAUAGAUUCAAAGCCAUUAGUUAUUUCGUCAUCCCUCAGAUGGACAAUGCCGACGGGUUAGUCAAGCUGGUCUUCAACAAGAAAGAAUCAGAGCUAUCGGCUCAAAAGGCAACAAUCAUAAGCGGUUUUAAUGGAAUCCUUGGGAAUAAGCCGAACCUCACAGUGAAUAUAGUUCACGUGAAGGCUGUGUCCGACACAGAAUCGGAAGUGAUGAUUACUGUUAGCGAAAAAGGGGUCACGGGCACCAGCAGGAAAAUCCAUGCCACAGAUUUGGCGGCAUUCUUGAAUCAGCCCACCCAAAAGCAGCAGUUGGCAGGUGCUGGCGUCACCUACGUUGGGGCUUACAUGAUGCCAUCGAAGGCCCAACUUGCAGAAUACCUUAAAGAACCACCACCAGGUAUUGAUGCACAAUUAUGGAAAGCUGCGCAAAUCGACAACCCGAAUCCUCAGAAGUAUUUGCCGACACCUCUGUCGGGAUUCUCCAAUUUGAAGAAGCGCAUGCUUUGCGAGGAGUUCGAGACUGGAUUACAUCGCGCCUUCCUCGACAAAGUUCACAAGGAUAUAAUUGAAUUGAAGAAGAAACACGCCGCCUCCAUAGCUCAGAUCGCGGAGCAGAAGCAGAAAUUCCUGCAGCUUCAGCACCGCGUCCUCAAGAUCUUAGUUAAGCAGGAGAGCACCAGGAACCUGGGUUUGGCACUGCAGCCUCAAGAGGAGUUGCUCAAGGCCAGGCUGGAGUCGAUGAAUUUGCAGUUGAAUAUGCCCACGCAAUUCAGGGGGAAAAUUAACGAGCUGAUGAGCACGACCAAAGUGAAGAACGUGUUCGACGGUUGCAAAAGCGAGACGUACGUGCUCGAUCCUAAGGUGCAGGAGGAUGUCAAGCAGUUUUUGACGAUGGAACAGAACGGAAUCACGCAUCUGAUUAGCAUUAUCAACGAGGAUUUGAAGGACCUGAAGGUCAUCACCGGCGGAAUGAAUGAGAUACUGAUGCGGAAUAAAUGAUUGUCUAUUGUUUGUCUUAAUUUAUAUUGGUUUCUUGUUUUUUCGGCUUUGCCAACAAUUAUGAAUACGUCUGUGGUUAUGCAACAGAACGAGCAGCCUGCAUCACGGUGCUCUUUUACAAUAAAGAUAUUUUUUAUUACUUAAGUUUGAAAUGCACAUUAAAAUGCGGUGCUUCGUUUAAACUAUUCCGAAAUAUAUUUAAAUACGUUGAA